UGAAGACAUGCCGCAAGUGCUUCGGUGCUGUGGGUGAUAAACAUGGAAGCGUGUCUCCGUUGCGCACCUCUCUUUGGGUGGCUUUGUUUUCUGUUUUAAGCACAAAAUCCACAUCCUGGAUUUUGGAUGUGGGAAGUCAGGAGAUCCACCCCAGGCUUGUUGUUGUUGUUUUUUAUUUAAAAAAAAAAACGGGGUGCACAUUGUCCAAACCCGGUGACACACGAGAUGUUUGGGAGGAAGUUGAAUUCAAAGGUUGCUUUCAGGAAAAUUGCGUGCAGUGUUGCGAUGGGAUUUGUGUUUUUUUUUUUUUUUAACUCUAGAUCUUACCCCAGCCCCCCUUUUUGCAGGUUUUGUUGCAUCUAGUAGUGGAUUAAAAACCAGGCAGAUCCAGGCCCAGCUUGGCCCUGCGGAGAAUUGGUGUGUGGCAAAGACAAAACCAAAUCUUUGUUGCUUUUUCUUUGUUUAUUUGUCAUCUUCCCCUGAAAGAGAAACACAAACCAAACCAAAGGAAGAAUUGUAGCAACAUAGGUUUAUGUUUAUAUUUGCUAAGUGGGGCUCUCCUCUGAUUAAUCUCCCUCUUGCAACAUGUUUGAUUGUUUUGUGGUUCCCCAAAGUUUAUGCUUUAAUAUUUGUAGCAAUCUCUUGAGAGGCCAAAAGUCUGGGGGGGGGUGUCUGCAUUUUUGCACUGUGUUUUCAAACUGUCUGGCCUCCCUACAAGGUUUUCUCUGUCCUCCUGAUUUUUUUCCCAGCUUGCAAUUUCUUAUUUGUGUUGUCUCGUGAUUUUUUGUUUUGUUUUGUAAGUUUUCACAUGCCGCUUCUUUGAUUUUUCAUUGUUUCCUAUUUUGAUUUCUCAAACUGGACACUGGCCCACCUUUGGUUGGUUAAACUAAGUUUGAUUUGGUAUCUUAUGGGUUUCUAAAAAUUAGGCCUUGGUUUUCCCAGUCCUAUAAUCCCAAAUAAAAUAAGCUACUUUUAAAAAUGGGUUUCUGUAUGCAGCAUGCCUGCGUGGUUUUUACAGGUUGGUGGAAUAGGAGCUGAUAAAUAUAAUAAAUGUUGCUACCUCAUACCAAAAGGCUGAAAUUUGUCAAGGCUUAUUUCCCAUGUAAUGUAGAGAUAUUUCUGGUAGGUUUAGAGGAAUAUCCAUCUUAGUUUUCCUCUGUCAUGACAAAUAUUAGAUUGUUGUGAGAUGCUAGACUGGCAAAACCAACACUGACAUACCGAUCCAUUGUGGGGGGGGGGAGGAAAGUAAAUUAAAACUGUAAUUACACUCGCCAUAAAAAGAGUGCAACCUUUUGGCUUCUACAGAGCUCUUCAUCAGACUGGGAAGAAGUAGAGGUGGUCAUCAUUUGUGGCUAGGACGGGCACUUUUUGCAGGUUGCGUAGUCUUUGCAAAACUCAACAUUUGGGAUGGCAAAUCCUGUUUGCUUUGAUACGUGGAUUUCCUGUGUUGCGCCGAAGAAUGUUGUGGAGUCAUUCGUGGCAAAGAGGAGACUGUUGUCGUCGUUUUAGGAAUGGGAGAGAAAGCCAUUGACUCUGCUUGUUGGAAGGUUGCAAAUGGCGCUCACAUCACCCCCGGGACAGAGAGACAGUUGUUUUGUCCCAUUUUGUGACCUUCCUUGUUAAGUGAAUCAGAUUUCCUCAUUGACUUUGCUGGUUAGGAGGUCGCAAAAAGGGUCAUGUGACCUCAGGAUGCUGCAACCGUCUUAAGUACAUGCCAGUUGCCAAGGCUCUGAAUUUCGAUCAUUUGAACAUAAGUGUGAAAACCAGUCGUAAGUCAGUGCUGUUAUAACUUUGAACGGUCGCUAAACAAAUAGCUGUAAGUCAGGGACUCGCUGUGUCACACAACAUGCUUUUUACUAGUUGUGUUUUUGUACUAGAGCAGGCAUGUCAAACUGCCGGGAUGCGUCACGCCAAAACCGCGCCCUCCCCAUUGCCGGCAAUGGAGAAAAAGUCACGAUACAUUGCGCGAUGUCAUGUGACGUUGCGAGUUUGACAUGCCUUAGCAGAGGCUAAACUUGGUUUUAAGGUGUUUUUUUUUUCCUUCCUUUCUCUUUUAGCAACAGACAUUUUGGGUGGUAAGCAGAGGAUUACCUGUGUCUAAUUUAUUUAGUGUUUAUUAAAUUUAUUUGCCACUCAUCUGGCUGCAAAUUGACUCUUGGUGGCUUGCAACAUUCAUAUUGAUUGACAUAUGGUGCCGAGAUGGAUCUGUUUAGCUCUGCUUUACUAGAAAAGCUACACAAACUGGAAUUACGUGUUAAACUGUAAAUCCUGUUCAGGUGACACUUUCUGAUCCGGGUAUAAACAAUCAAGCCAGAUUUGAAUUUAGGAAUCGAGAAUCAGAGGUUGGGGCAGUGCAAUCAUUUUUCUCUGCACAAAAUCUGGAAAAAAAAUAAUUUUUUUUAACCAGGCUGCAAUUUUGCAAAGAAUAGAUUUAUUAACAUGCCAGAUGCUUAUCAAAUAGAAACAGAGCCGAACGUGUAUCAGACAGAUUCAGAGUGAAUCAAAUUGGGCCUGAUGUGAGCCCAGUGGGAAUUGUUUCAGGAAAUAAAAUUGAUUUGCUGAAGAUACCCACCCUGGAAAAGAGGGCCAGACUAGAUGCUCUCUAGUGUCCCUUCCAAACCAUAUGCUCUAUCCUUCUCUGAAAUUUAUGGCCGCCAAAGGUUGGCCCAUGAUAGUGCAAGGUACAUUUUCUGAUGUUUCUUUUGGCCCAAGAAAUGAAAAAUGGAUUUGAGGGAUAUAUUUUUUCUUAUAGGUUUCUUCUUUCUUUCUUUCUUUCUUUCUUUCUUUCUUUCUUUCUUUCUUUCUUUCUUUCUUUCUUUCUUUCUUUCUCUUAUUUAUGUGGGAGGAUAAAUACGCAAAGGGGAAAAGGUUCUGUUGAGCCCCAGGCCCUCCUUUCCAUUUUAGGAACUUUAAGGCAGGUUGAAAUUUAAAUUUAGUUUCCCUUCCCAUCCAGGACUGUGUAAACCGAAUCCAGGUUAACUUCAGCAGGCACUUUUCCUUGCUAUUUCACUUCCCGCAGUGAUCAGAAUUUCAGUCCCGUGUUAAAUGCUAAAAAAAAAAAAAAAAAAAAUUACAUUUCCGUUCGGGGCUCAAAACAUUUCCUGCAUCGAAUUGGCGAUUUUGCACACCCAAAGAGAAAGCUUUUGUGCUUGAACCAAGUCAACUUGAAAAGUCAUGCACGGUCCUAUUAAAAUGGAUCAUCUGUUGUUUUAAACAGUUCUGUUGGAGUUUGUUUUAAACCACCUACAGUGUGCGGAAUUGGCAUGUAAGGUUGUCCCCAAAUCUGUCAUUAGAUCUGUAUAGCUUUGUCCAGAUUUUUGAUGGGGUGUUUUGGAGGUAGAAAUGCUACCUUAGUUGAGAAGGUGAAAUUCCUUUUUUGGAGGCUGUUUGCUGACAUGAAGAGUUGCAUUGUCUGUAAAAUGAGAAAGCCUCACCCUUCCUUCCUUCCUUCCUUCCUUCCUUCCUUCCUUCCUUCCUUCUCCCUUCUCUCCUCCCUCCCUCCCUUCUUUUCCCUUCCUUCUUUCCUUCCUUCUCUCCUUCCCUCCCUCCUUCUUUUCCUUCCUUCCUUCCUUCCAUCCAUCAUAUUUAUUUUUGUCACCUUUUCUUCCCUGCAGGCAGAUCAGGAGCGGUGCAGAGAAAUUUCCUUGCUCGAUGACAUUUCAUCGAGAUGUCCGAUCGUUCGGGGCCAACAACCAAGGGAAAGGAUGGGAAAACCAAGUACACGACGCUCAGCCUGUUUGAUAAAUAUAAAGGAAAGUCAGUAGAAACAGUCAGAAGCACCAUUAUUCCUCGACAUGGGUUGCAGAGUCUCGGGAAAGUUGCGUCUGCGCGGCGAAUGCCCCCUCCGGCCAAUUUGCCAAGUCUGAAAUCGGAGCAUAAAGGAAACAACCCCAAUAUCCUCAUUGUGCCCAAGGACGGAACAGGAUGGGCAAACAAACAGGACCCUCCAGAGCAAAAGAGUUCCAGUUGCACAGCCACACAGCCGCAGGAGUCGCUGCCACAGCAGGAUUUACAGAAAUCUGUCUCCAAUUUACAGAAGCGGACCCCGUCAAUCAGCCAGGAGAAUACAAAUUCAGCACCCGGUGGUAUAAAAUCAUGGGCGCAGCUGAAUGGAAAGCCAGCCAGAUCAGAAGGUGGUUUAAGGGUCUCAAACCGACUGUUAUCCUUCUCUCCCGAGGAUUUUCCAACGUUGAAAGCAGCUGGAGAGCAGGACAGGUCUGGCAAAGAAAAGGGCGUCUUAGAUCCGUCGUAUGGGCCCGGACCAAGCCUCCGCCCCCAGAAUGUCACAAGUUGGAGGGAAGGUGGUGGUAGAAACAGCGCCUCGUCCACCUCUUUGUCCCCCUUCCCAACUGAGCUGGCUACCAAGAGCUCCAGUGCAGGAGAGGAUGCUCCGGCCUCAGCAAGCGGUGCCAAUCCGAAGGAGCCGUCUCCCUGUCCUUCUCUGCCUCCUCGCAAAGGAGCGUCUCAGUUUAUGGCCAACACGUACCAGCCACCCACUUACCACGACAUGCUGCCCGCCUUCAUGUGUUCAAAUCCACCAGCCGAGACCCCCACCUUGACUGAACGGGCAUCCUUUCCUCUCCCCUCCUUCUGCCUGGAACCCCGAGUCCCCUUCAGACAACAUCAGCCCAGUGACCAAGACGGAAAAGACAAGCGACUUGGGGUUCCACGGCCAGUUCGUCCGGUCCGACCAUCGGGGGAGCGAGUCCCCAGACCGACCAUCAUCAAUGCAGAGAACCUGAAAGGUCUGGAUGAACUGGACAAUGACACUGAGGACGGCUGGGCAGGAAUUCACGACGAAGUGGAUUAUUCCGAAAAACUGAAGUUCAGUGAGGAUGAGGAGGAGGAAGAAAACCCCAAGGACGGAAGGCAGAAAUGGAACAGCUGGGAUCCCCGAAGGCUGCCUUUGUUGAACCCGGCAGAAAACAUCAAUGCCAGGCACCCCCCAGAGGACCCCAAGACUUGGAACGACUCAGCCAGCCUAUCUCGGUCCAUGCACAAAGUGUCGGAAAGUCUGCCAACCUCCAGGAAGCUGAACGGCUGGACCCCUCUUCCAGAAUAUCAGAAACCCCCGCUGUCGUGUCUGCGGCAGCAGUGUUCAGAAGAAAAAGAAGAGAAAUUGCCCUCGAGGCAGAAGUUUGUCUACUCGGAAAUGUCGGAAGCCGUUGAGCGGGCCAGGCGGCGACGGGAAGAGGAAGAGCGCAGAGCACGGGAAGAGCGCCUGGCCGCCUGCGCGGCGAAACUGAAGGAGCUGGAUCAGAAGUGCAAGCUGGCUCAGAAAGCAGGAGAGGGUCACAAACACCCAGAGAGUGACGAACCCCGAGCCUCGGCCUCAGAGAAGACUGCCGUCUCGGAGAACGGCCACGCAGUCCGGAGAGCGGUCCCUGAGGCUCAUACCCAGGAACCCCCUUCUGGUUACGUGGAUGAGGAGACCCCAACAGUUUCCUCAACAGCCCUACGGAGUAGCAGUGAGGAGGAGCUGGGCGAAACCGUCUCCCCCAUGCAGGAAUUUGGCAAAUUCUCCAAGCUGCUUCCGCCACGAUUCCAGAGAAAGCAGCAAGACCAGCUCUACAAAAUGCAAAACUGGCCACCUUCCCAGAUCUAUCCACCCUCUUCCCAUCCUCAGCGGACUUUCUACCCAGCCCACCCACAGAUGUUGGGGUUCGAUCCUCGGUGGUUGAUGAUGCCUUCCUACAUGGACCCUCGAGUCACUCCAGCACGCACCCCUGUAGAUUUCUACCCUUCAUCCCUUCAUCCAUCUGGGGUUAUGAAGCCAGAUUCCGUGAAUGGGGGUAGCUGCCCAUCGGAGGAGCAGAGCUGCCAGUCGGUGGGGCUGCAGGAGAGAAAAGGAGAAGCCCUUCCCAUCUGGGGUCCAGAAAGUUUUGUCUCCUUGCCGAGCAAAAACUGUUCUGUUUCCCAGCCAAGGCAAGCAGAGAGUGUGACAGAGGAAGGAUUACAUUCCAGGGCUGAGAAUUCUUACUCUGCGCCAUCAGGGCUAAACACCCAACGUGACUUCUUUGAAGAAGUUGGAGAAGACUACUUGAGCUCCUUUGAGAAGAAGCCCCAGGGAAAUUUUGACCGAUGCCUCAGUCCCGCUCAAAGGGCACCCCAAGAACGCAUCUUUCACCCCCCGGAGUGUGGCUCUGACCUUUCUGAUCCUUGUGAUCGGAGCCUGCUGAAUUCUCCCUUGGAGUCCAGUUCUGUUUCGGAUGAAAAGAAGUCUGAAUACAACGGUUGGGAGAUCAGCCAUUUUUCCAAACCCUUGGAAGAGUCAUCUUCAGGGAAAGAAGAGAUGUUCCAGGAGGACUCGUUGUUUGGCUCUGAGAUGUGGAAGAAGGAAGGAUCUGCCAGUAAGCAAGCCAACCCUGGAACUGGAUGGACGACCCCCGAGAACCGAAACGGAAACAGUCAACCACCACAGCAGCAAGAGCAGACGAGCAGAACUCGUCGAUCUGGUCCAAUUAAGAAGCCAGUCCUGAAGGCUCUCAAGGUGGAGGAGAAGGAGAAAGAAUUGGAAAAGGUGAAGGUCGAGAGCAGAGAGACUUCCCACCCAGUUAAGGAAAAGGCCCCUGCACCGAAGGCGUCAGAGGAGACCAAUCCUGGCGGGAUUGUCCACUCUGCUCGCUACCGCACAUGGGACAAAAAAUGCUCCCCACGAACUCCUGUCCAGGACGAGAAACCUCGCGAAGAUGAGGAGGAUGAUAGUAAAGAGAAUGAGAAGAUGGUCAAGGACUGUGAGGGCAAGAAUCAGUCAAGGGAGUCUGCUGAGCUUCCCCCGACUAAAAGAAACAACUGGAUCUUCAUUGAUGAGGAACAGGCCUUCGGUGGACGGGGGCAAGGACGAGGCCGUGGACGCGGCUUCCGAGAAUUCACGUUCCGAGGCCGUAGCAACCCGGUGGGGUGUGGAGGUGUGGCUCCUGCUAGUGGUGGGAAUCUCAGAGGCGGUUAUAACAGCAGCAAUGUCAGUGGUCCUCCAAGAAGUAGCCGAGGACGAGUCUUGAGAGAGUUCAGUCAGGUGGAGGAGUUCCCGCGGGGAAAGCCCAGGCGCCGGAUUGCAAGCGAGACACACAGCGAAGGCUCCGAGUAUGAGGAACUGCCAAAGCGCCGGCGUCAGAGGACCUCUGAGAAUAAUAACGAAGGUUCCCUGGCAGAAAGAGAAGAGGGCGACCUCAAGAAAGGGGAAGUCCGUGAUUCCUGGAGAUCCAAUAAGAUCUAUUCCGAUGAUCAGGAUGCCAAGUUGAGGAACCCACGAGCUUUCGGGCGAUCGCUACCCCCAAGAUUGAGCAACUCCACUUACGGGCGACGAGGAUUCGUUGCUAAGGAGUCUUCCCAAUGGCAGGGCAGGAAUGGUGUAAAUACUUGGCAAGACUACGGCCACAAUGCCCCUCUGGAUGCCUUUGGCAUCAGGCGUCCACCCGAGAGGGAUUACAGCCAAGAGUCUUACAAGCCUGUGGACUCGUUUAGCCGACGGGCCUUUGAAGAGGACUACGGAGGUGAUCCCGAAAACGCGGAGAACCGUCCGUUCCGUCGGCGGCGUCCACCUCGUCAAGACAAACCUCCCCGAUUCAGGCGCUUGAGGCAGGAACGCGAGUCCGUGGGUCAGUGGGCGCCCGAAGAGGGUGGAGCCAACCUUGCCGCUUGCCAGUGGCCCAGGAGAGCCCAACUGAUUGCGACCGAUUAUAACGGUUCCUCCAGUCGAAAAUCUCCGGAACUGUCCUAUCAGAAUUCCUCGGAUCACGCCAACGAAGAGUGGGAGACGGCCUCGGAAAGCAGCGACUUCAGCGAGAGGCGGGAGAAGAGGGGUGGUGGUAGCGCUGGGGGAAACUCGGAGAACGAGGCGCCGUUGGAUGGCGGGGUGCCCGGGAGCACCUUGGGGGAGAAGAGAGACCUAGCCAAGAGGAGUUUCUCCAGCCAGAGGCCUGUGGUAGAUCGGCAAAGCCGGAAAUCUGAGCCCAUCGGAUUUGGGGAGAAAGCUGUACGAGCCAGUGGGAACCGACCAGCGUCCUACUAUGAAAAUCAGCAGAACGGGCUACAGAUGAAGGGCAAAAGAUCUCCGGAAGAAAAUGGCGUUCUUGAUAACGGCAGUCCUGGACGAAACCGUUCUGCUUACGGGUCUCACUCCAACCUGAAUGGGGCCGAAAACCUGGAGAAGAGGCAAGAUAAGGAUCUGAAGUCUUCAGUCCCCCAAGCCAGCCAGGCAGGGGAGACCUUGGGUCCAUUUGAGCUGAGCUACGGAAAUGGUGUGAUGGACAGCCGUGGGCCGGGACCCGGGGAGGACACCGAAGUGGGGCCGAUGAACAGCGAAGGCUUCAUUGAGGUCCUGACGAAGAAACAGCGACGGCUGCUGGAAGAGGAACGGAGAAAGAAAGAACAAGCUGCACAGGCUCCGGCGAAAGGCCGCGUCCUUCAAUCACGCAUCCCACCUCGCUUUGCCAAAAAACAGAACAGCCUGUGCCUUGAACAGGGGGACAUCUCGGUGCCACGAAACACCUUGGGGACGGAGAUUUGGGAGACCAACAGCGCAGCGCUGUCCGUUCAGUCCUCCGCUCCCGAUUCCUGGAAAAAGCCUAUCGGCACCUUUAUCGGGAACGAGUCCAGCUCUGCGGAGGGCUUCAAAGGCAGCCAGGGGGACAGUGGCAUUGACCUGAGCGCGGAGUCGCGGGAAUCCUCGGCCACCUCCUCCCAGCGCAGCUCUCCGUACGGCACCCUCAAGCCGGAGGAGGUGAGCGGAAGCGGGCUGGGGGAGGCCAAGGGAGACGGGCCGAAAGAGCCGGCUCCAAAGCAGUUGGAUAAAAAGGAUUCGGAACAAGCCCUGGCUCCAGCCAAGGACCACAAACCGGGGCCGAUCGGAAACGAGCGCUCCUUGAAGAACCGGAAAGGCUCGGAAGGGGCCGAGCGCCUGGAGGGCAACAUCGCUCCCGUCAACGGGGUGGAGAUUCACGUGGACCCGGUUCUUCCUGUGCCGCCCAUUGAAUUCGGAGUGAAUCCUAAAGAUUCAGACUUCAGUCUCCCCCCUGGCUCGGCUCCUGGCACGCCAGCCAGCCCGGUUGCGAAAUUACACAACGUGCUGGCCAGCAAUCCUGGACUCACGCAGUCCCUCCCUGUUAUUCGAAGAGACCAUCAACUUCCCCGUUGCAUCAGCUUAAACAUGUCUUAUCCGACAGCAGAUCUGACCCUCAAAAUGGAGUCAGCCCGAAAGGCGUGGGAAAACUCCCCCAGCCUUCCUGAACAGAGUUCCCCUGGAGGUGUUGGUUCAGGCAUUCAGCCUACAUCCAGCAUUGGGGCUUCCAGUGGGGUCAGCUACAGCACCUUUGGGGGUGUUUCUGUCCCACCGAUGCCCGUGGCCUCUGUGGCGCCUUCAGCUUCGAUCCCAGGUAACCAUAUCACACCCUUGUAUUUAGAUGGACAUGUGUUUGCCAGCCAGCCACGACUUGUUCCCCCGACAAUACCUCAGCAACAAGGCUACCAACAGGCAGCUGCUGCUCAACAAAUUCCACUCUCCCUCCACACGUCAUUGCAAGCCCAGGCGCAGCUCGGGUUGAGGGGCGGCCUUCCAGUUUCACAGUCCCAGGAGAUCUACAGCUCCAUCCCUCCCUUUAGGUCUCAGGUCUACAUGCACCCCAGCUUGUCCCAGCCCAGCACCAUGGUCCUGACGGGAGGCACGGCCUUGAAGGCGCCCUACUCUGCCUUCCCAGGAAUGCAGCCCCUGGAGAUGGUGAAGACGCAGUCGGGCACCCCUUACCAAACCGUUGGCGGCAGCCAAGCUCUGGUUUACGAGGGUCAGCUCAACCAGGCAUCGCAAAUGAUGGACUCGCAGCUUCAGCAGCUAACCAUGUCAAUUCCAGGAUCCCAGCUUCCGAUGGCCCGUUACGGAUCUGGCCAGCAGCCUCUUGUGUUAUCCCAGUCCAUGCACCUGCCCCAAGGACAGAAUCUCCCAGUUGGAGCCCCACGUAGGAUCCUGUCUCCCAACUCCCAGCCAUCGGCCCUGGUUACAAACAGGGAGUCUUCUCACAUGGAAAUCAAAGGAUUCUCCUUCGCAGACACUAAGCAGAGCAUCGUCCCUGGUGGAUCCAUCCCAUCUUCUCAUACUUACAGGCCCAGUUCUGCUACCCCCAGCGGGAAGCCCUCUGGAUCGGCCAUCAGCAUGAGCUCUGUACAAAGGCAUUACAUUCAACAGGCAAAACAGCGAGUAGACGAGAACAAAAGCCUGGGAGCCGUGAAACUGCAGGAGCCUCCGUCAGCUGGUCAGAUCAAGCCAGUCCGCACAGGCGCCAUCAAGCCUCAAGCGGUCAAAGUGGAGGAGAGCAAGGCCUGAGCCCUGGAACACACCCCCCCCCGCCCAGGUUGCCUGCCAGUCCUCCUGCUCAAGAGAAUGGGGGGGGGAGAGGCUCUGCAACCCACACAUCCCUCCCCUGGACAGCCUCCCUGCGGCUGGAUGCUCCAAGAUGCUUUACGCUGAGAUGUUUUCUUGCGCCGUGGGUUUUUUUUUUUUUUUUUUCUUUUCAUCCUUGGCCUGCUUGCUUUUUAAAAGAAGACCGACCACAGCUCCAUCGAAACUCAGCAGCAACCAUCCCAAGUUCCCUAUUGAAUUCUUGGAUUCUGGAGUGGCUACAGCCAUUUUUUGGUUUGUUUCUUUUCUCCACCUGAAAAUAGCAGAAAGCAUUAAGGAGUUAAGCUUUUCCCAUUGCAUAGUGGAAAUGCUAGCUUAUCUGUUCCCUUCCUUCCUUCCUUCCUUCCUUCCUUCCUUCCUCCACUCUCUUUUCUUCUUUCUUUCUUCCUUCCUUCCUUCCUCCGCUCUCUUUUCUUUUUUCUUUCUUUCUUUCUCUUUCUUCUCUCCCCUUUCCUCUUCCUCUCCUCCUUUCUUCUCUCUCUUCCCUUUCCUACUCCUCCUCUUCCUCUUCACCAUAACAACUUCCUCCUUUUUCUAAGCCCAUCAGGGUUUUUACUCCCAACACCCAGGAAUGCUGUAUCCUUCAUUUUGUAGCUGAACUUCUUCAUGUUUUGUUAGAUUUCUUCUUCCUACUUCUGAUUUUCUCGCUUGCAAAGGAAAUAUCUGCCAAACCCCAAAAUCAUGUGUUUGGAUGGACUUCCUUCUCAGCUAGAUCUUCCUACGUGUAACAUCCGUGUCUUACAUUCCAUCAAGCCUGGAUCUUCAGCUCUGUAUCUGAAAGCCUUUUCAACCACACGGUUUCCCUUCUCCUUCCCUUUUACUCUAGACCCGAGCUUUUGAAAUAAGCCAAGCCAGAAGAGAGAUCAGAACAGCUAUUUCCCCUUUUCCUCGCCCCCAGACCUCCAACGUUUUGCAGUCAUUUUGAGCAAGACCACCAUCAAUCUUACCAGAUCAGUCCCAGGGAGAUUGCAGUCAUUUUUUAUUUCUAUAGGUGAUUUAUUUUUGUGACAUUUUGAGACAAGGAGUGUUGGAAAAUUAAGUUUCUCAGAUUUUUUUUUUUAAUAGUCGCUUUGUGAUUUUCAAUCUUAGCCGCUUUAAGAGGUGUGGGCUGCAAUUCCUAGGGUACGUCUCUUCCAACGCGUGCUUUUCAGCAUGAAUUCUGGAAGGUGGAGUCUGUACAUCUUAAAGCAGGCUGGCCGGGGAAUUCUGGGAGUUGAAGUCCACACAUCUUAAAGUUGCUGAGGUUGACAAACACCAAACUAAAUGAUUGAGGGAAAAAUGCUAUUUUCUCUUUUCUUCCUUCCCAUUUUACUUCUCUCCUCCUCUCUCAAUUCAUCCUUACUCUGUAUUUUUCUUCCCCUUGCUGUAGCUAAUUCUAUUUUUCUUUCUAAGUUCACUUUCACCUCUCCCUUCCUGUUUUGCAUUCAGCAGUCAGAUUCUGCAGGGUGGAAGUGUCUCUUGGUAACAACCCAGAGUAGGUAAAAAUAGAGGGUUUUUUUUUUAAUCCCUGCAAAGAUAAUUUAAAAUAAUAAUAAUAAACCAUAGCAUGCAGGGAAUUUUUGACAUUUUUCUUUCCCCUUCCAAACCUGAUGCUUUACAAAGCUAAAAAUGACAAACCCUUCUUUUUUGCAUGAUCAUUGUUGGAAAAUAGAUUAAUAGGAGGAAUUCUGCAUUUUGGGGCACGGUGGAAAAGAUGCUGGAGUUUUCGGUAAGCCUAACAUUCUCCCAGAUGUCCUGUCUAGACAGGUUUGGUCAAAACCCUCACACGAGACCCCCCCCCCUUUGGCUGAGAGUUCGAUCAACUUUAAAAAUUGCAAUCUGCUAUUUUGGCUAAGGUGUCCCACCAGCCUUUUGGUUGGCAGUUCCCAAAGACCACAUUUUGAAAACAAAAAAACAAACAGAAUGCACUUCAAAAGCAGGCAGCCUUGGACUUGGGUACUCUCAAAAAGAGGCGAGUUUGAAUUUGGAAUUCCAUUAGCUAGCUGUCAAAAUGGACUUUGGUAUUUGGUUUUUUUUUUCCCCUGCGAGAGCUUUACAAUACUUAGGCUUCGUCAGCUCUUUCCCUUCGUUGGCGUGCAUUUGAGAUUCCCCCCUAACCAUAUCCAGGGGUUUAAAAUUGAGGGGCUUUUAAACAAAAUAAAAACGUUGCUCGGGAGAGGGGGCAUUUUUUUAAAUGGAAUUUUAAUUUGGGGUGGGACAGGACUCUCUACUGCUUGUAGUCGUUUUAGUCCUUUGGAACUUAGUAAUUCUUGGAUAUUUGCCUUUAACAUUUCUGUGUAUUUUUUUAACCUUUUUUGCUUCCUUCUAUGCCUCUGCUUGAAAAAAAUACUGCAAGCUGCUGAAUUUCUCACGCAAAUUGCCUUGAACACAUUUUGAUUUGGCCCAGCCAGCUCCCUGCAAAGAUUAACAAAUUACAAUCUUGUUCAUCACUGGUGUAAUUGCUUUGCGCCCAUAGUGGUUUUUAUUUUUAUGUUAUUUCCCUUUAAUUUUUCCUUCCUCUGUGCAAAGAUUAACAGAAUGCAAUCCUGUUCUUUAGUGGCGUAACUGCUUUGCGCCUGGGAUGGUUUAUAUUUUUAUAUUAUUUUUGUUGUCUGGCUGGUCUGUGGCAUUUUGUCUUUCAGUUGUCAGGCAACUAGAUUGAUCGUUAGAUGCAAAAGAGCAUCAUAAAACCUUCCUUGGGGAUUUAAAUCAGAACUGCAACUCUUAGGAUAGAGAUUAUCAAUUUGUUCUGCCUUUCAGCCAUUUUCUUCCACUCUGGCAAAAUUUGAAAAAACAAAACACUAGAAUUUAUUUAUACGUAUUUGGUGUUGUAGGUGAAAAGAAUUAAAUACUUCACUGAUCUAUUUAUUUAAUGUCUGGAUUUAUUCUGCACAGGCCAGGCCAAGAAAGAGUUCGUAGAUUUUUCUAUUUAUCAAAACUCGCUUUCAGUUCUGAAGCUUUUCCUACUGUUUAACUUUGGGCUAAAUCUUCUCGCUUUAUUGCCGUCUGCUGGAACCAAACUCGGCAGCAUACAACAUUGUCACGCUCCUGAAAGAAAAUUAAAUCCAUCUUUGUUUCCUUCAAUAGAAAGUCCACAGAUGUGUGUGUGUGUGUGUGUGUGUGUGUGUGUGUGUGUUUCGGUGAAGGAGUACGUGUGAAUCUUGAGACGCAAGCAAAAAGUUUUCGGACCUUAUUUCUGGAUGCAACUGCUGUGAUUUUGUGCCCGACCGAGGUGUCAGUGAGAAGAAGGGGGAAGAAUCCUGCACAAGCAGUUUUCUCCUGCGUGAACCUUGUCAAUGCCAAAAGGGCUGUGCUUUUUUUUUUCCUCCCACAAAAAAGAAAGCAGAUCACAUCGCUUAUCAAGAUUGUGCCUGUCAAAUUCAGCUCUGCACACUAAGUUUUUUUGGGGGAAAAGAAUGAAAGAAUAGCAGUCCAUUUAUAAAUCAGGAAAAAGCUAAGCACUUCUUUUUAAUUAUUUUUUCAAAGUGGCCAAUGCCAGUGUGGUUUUAAAACACUGGUUUCAGCUGCAGCAAUGUUUUUGUUCAGCUACAGAUGCAUUUAAAUAGAAUUUUAAUUCUGCCUUUCGCCGUGUCCUCUUAACGCAUUUCGAGGCUGGAUUAAUUUUUUUCCCCCUGUUAAAAACUGAAGUUGGAGGGUUGGAUGUGAAAGAGAAAAGGGUGGCUAAAGUUUUAAAGAUGAACUGACACACAUUUGUCUUUGUAGAUCUUCGUUAACAUCGAUCUUUUUCCCUUGCCUUCUGCAAAAAGGCUUGCUUUGCUGGUUUUUUAAUUUUUCUUCAGAGGGUUAUAGAUGGAAAAGACCAUCAGCUUAACGUUAUUGUUAGCCACAAGACCUUUCUUGCAUGCCAUUUAAUUUUUCUUUCUUUGUGUCCUUUAGCUUUCGGUGUGAUACAAAAAUUCUCUUUCCAUGUCACUUCAAAAUGUGGGAGGCAGAUUUUUUUUUUUUUAAUUUAGUCUUCAUCCGAUGGGAAGCUGAAACAGCUAAGCCAGAUUCAAAGUGCUUUGCUUUAAUUUGUCCUGUGGCUUUUACGAGCAUUUUUCGCCAGAGAUGUCAGACUGAAAAUUGUGGGUAUCGUAAGCGCUAACACAUUCUUGGUCGUUGACACAAGGCUGAACUGCUUAAAGUCGGUCAAGGAUGAUCAAAAGCAGCUGAAUAAGAUGUUCAUAGCAAAAUUUCUUCUCUCCUGUAUAAAUCACAUUCUUUUUUUUUUUUAGGAUGGUAUCGUACCUGUUCAUGUUUUAAUCUUGCAAACCUGUACAGUAAAAUCUUUUUUGUUUGUUUUGUUUUUUGGGGGGGGGCUUCUCAUGUGUUUGUCUUUUCACGUAGAGCAGAUAUUUGAAAGGGCAAACAGUGAAUAAAUUUGCAGACACGCAACACGUUUUAAAUCUUUCAGAGAACUGUCCUCGAAGCCUGUAAAAGACCGUUCUCUCUCACCCUUUGUGGGGUUGUUUCUUUUUUGUUGGUUUGUUUUCAUUUCGUUUUUGUUUUUUCUCCCCCAGUUUGUAUGGUUUCUCCUUUCAAAUAUGUGAUUGUAUUAGCUCUUUCCAUAUGAAAGAAUUAUCCUUAUUUAAAUUAAAAAAUAAAUAAAAGCGA